AUGAGCUCCCCCUCCCGCACCCCUAAUCCGUCCCCCACCCAGUCCCCCUCCCAGUCCCGCUCCAACCAGGUGGCCCCGUCGGGCAGCCAGCAGGGCUACCGCUCGGGCUCCGCCCCCUCCCCGUCCCCCACGCGGGGGGGCUCGUCCCGCGGCCCCACCCCCAACGCCUCCCAGCCGUCCUCCCGGGCGUCCUCCCUGGCCCCCAGCCCGCACGUGCAGCAUGUCCCGCGGAGGUCCUCGGGCCAGGGCCCCACCCCGCCCACCUCCAAGUCGCCCUCCCAGUCCGGCUUCAAGGUGCUGUCCCGGAACCCGUCGCUGACACCCGCGGGCCUCACGCGGUCCUCCACCUACUUCGGCCCCAUCCCCUCCACCACCUACAUCGGGCCGGUGCGGGCCAUCCCCUCCCAGAUCGCCCCCUACGUGCCCCGCUUCCUGAAGGAGCCCCCCUUCUUCCAGCCGCCGACGUCCCAGCUGCCCCAGAACGGCUGCUUCCCCUGCCCCUUCCCGUGCCAGGAGGAGCGGGCCGAGCGCCAGCGCCCGCGGCCCCCCGACUCCCUCUACUUCCCCCUGCUGCCGCCCCCCCCACACCUGCCCCAGGUGCGCAGCAGCUUCCCCACGCCACCGGCCCUCUUCACGCCGCCCUCCUCGCUCUCCUACACGCUGCCCACCGACGUGCUGGUGAGCGGGAAGCCGCACGUGGUGCCCACCUCGCUGCCCGCCACCUUCUACACGCCCUUCUCCCGCUUCUACACCCACCCGCGCCCGCGCCGCACCCGGCGGCUGCUCAGCCCCCUGCCGGGCUCCCUGUCCCUCCCGCCCGCCGUCCAGAGCCAACUGGACGGGAUCGGCCGCUCUGUCCACUUCUUCCGCGACUCGUAG